AUGGCUGCACUGUGGGAGAAUAACGGGCAGAUGGGCCAGUUUCCACUGGAGCAGUGGUUCUAUGAGAUGCCCCCCGUUACUCGAUGGUGGACAGUUGCCACCGUGGCAACCUCGGUGCUCGUGCAGUGUCACAUCGUCACCCCAUUCCAGUUAUUCUAUAGCUUCCGCGCCGUCUACGUUAAAUCACAGUACUGGCGCCUCUUGACAACAUUCCUCUACUUCGGUCCGCUCAAUCUCGAUCUCCUAUUCCAUGUUUUCUUCCUCCAACGAUACUCCCGCCUGCUGGAGGAAUCCUCCGGCCGCUCCCCAGCGCACUUUGCCUGGCUCAUCUUCUACGCCAUGUCCUCACUCCUCAUCAUCUCACCUUUCCUAUCACUACCAUUUCUCGGUACCGCCCUUUCGUCUAGCCUUGUCUAUAUCUGGGCUCGUCGUAACCCAGAGACACGUUUAAGCUUCUUGGGUCUGCUGGUCUUUACAGCUCCUUACCUCCCGUGGGUCCUCAUGGCCUUCAGUUUGGUCGUGCAUCGCAUUGUUCCCAAGGACGAGAUGUGUGGCAUUGUGGUGGGUCAUGUCUGGUACUUUUUCAAUGAUGUCUACCCGACGCUGCAUGGUGGCCACCGGCCUCUUGAUCCGCCCAUGUGGUGGCGGCGGCUCUUUGAGCAGGCUGUCGACCGGCCGACCGACGCGACGAAUGUCAACCGCGAGUUUGCGGCGGCAGCGGCGCCUGAGGUGCGAUAA